UGGAAGUUAUUACGCCUUAAUCGGAUAAAAGUAUUUUCUUGCUCUUUUCUGAAAACAGCUCGUGUGUUAUUGGAUGCUAUUUCCCUGUCACUCAAGCCUCCUAUCAGUAAACACAGGAUUUGACUGGGACAGGACCAUGCUCUCCAUGAGUUACACGGACCCCUGGCCGGAGGGCUCGGUGGGGAUGGAGGAGGUGGUGGUCACGGCCGCCGCUCAGGCCGAGCAGCUGGACCGGAGCUCACUCGAGUGCAACAGCAGCACCUGCAGCUCCGACAAUUUAGACGACAGCCUCACCAGCCUCCAGUGGCUGCAGGAGUUCUCCAUUCUCAACGGCAGCGCCUCCCAAUCCAGCCAUCGCCACAGCCACUUCUUUGGGAGCCAAGUAGGCUCGGAUGCUCCCUCGUCUCCUUUAGCAGGAGAUCCGGCGUCCAUAGGUAUGCCGCUGACCCCAGGCAAACCCACGGCGGCGUCUUUCUGCAGGACGCCUUCCUUGUCGGCUCUUCCCAGCUUGGUUGCUCACGGACACUGUCCGGAUGAAGUCGAUUAUAAGACCAGCCCUCAUAUCAAGCCACCGUACUCAUAUGCAACUCUCAUCUGCAUGGCCAUGCAGGCCAGUAAGAAAACCAAAAUCACCCUCUCAUGCAUCUAUAAGUGGAUCACAGACAACUUCUGCUACUUCCGCCACGCAGACCCCACUUGGCAGAAUUCCAUCCGCCACAACCUGUCGCUGAACAAAUGCUUUAUAAAAGUCCCAAGACAAAAGGAUGAGCCAGGCAAAGGUGGGUUCUGGAAGAUCGACCCCCAGUACGCAGAACGCCUCCUCAACGGUGCCUACAAGAAGCGCAGGAUGCCCCCUGUGCAGAUCAACCCAGCUCUUCAGAACCACCUCAGGAUGAGCUCUCACGCUGGACAAACUGCAGCCACUACAGGGAUGGCCAGAAACCUUUGCGUGAGUCCUGAGUCCCAACAGCUCCUGAAAGAGUUUGAGGACGUCACGGGAGCCGAUCAGAACUGGGACCCUCGUUUGGCUGAAGCCACCAUGUUGAGUUGUUGGGUCUCAGGGAAGGGGAGCAAGAGGAAACAGCCGUACACCCACAGGACUGGUGGGAGCAAAGCUCCACGACGUUCAAGUUCCCCACUGCUGGCCAUGGACGAGCAGGAGGACUUAAGCUCCCUGAAGGGCAACUUUGACUGGGACGCCCUGCUAGACUCUGCCCUGAAUGGAGAGUUAAGCUUGAAUGAAGGGGGUCCGUUGAGCCCUAUACCACAAGAUGAGGACUUGAUGGUUAGAGGCACCCAUAUCAGCCCCCUCGAACCACCUGGAGGUGUCAUUGAGAGCCAUGUGUUGAUGGAAACCCAGAGGAGCAGCGAAGCAGACUUUGAUGAGGAAACCUUCCUGGCCACUGCAUUUCUCCAGAGUCCCUGGUCGGAAGUGGAAGAAGGCAACCGUCCCGACUUCCUCUGUAGCUCAACGGUCAACAUCGAUCAACUCUUCGACCUGGGAGACUCUCUCGGAGGAGACUUAAGCAGCAAGAUCGAGUCUCUCCUUUGAAGAGGUCAUUAGUGACACUUGAGAUUCAGGCACAAACAAGUCAAAGAACAAAGAGGGUUCGGACUGUUUACCCCCAAAGAUUUCAUGCUGGAUUCCAUGAAGCCCACGUGAAGAUGUAUUUUUAAAAGUGUAUCUAUUUCUAAGACUGAUUUUUAUGAUUAUGUUUUUG